AUGGCAGACAAGGAGCUCCAGCCAGGCGAGAAGGUAGAGUGGAACAGCGCGUCGGGGCCUGUUGUGGGCACGGUGGAGAAGAAGCUGACGAAGCCGACCACCAUCAAGAGCCACAAGGUGGCCGCGUCGGAGGAGAACCCUGAGUACCUGGUGCACAGCGACAAGACCGGUGCCCGCGCCGCCCACAAGCCCGAGGCCCUCACCAGCCUCGACCGGCCCGACGAAGUGGAGCCGAGCAAGAAGAGAGAGCGCGACCAAGGAGACGAAGAGAAGGAAGAGGAGAAGAGGAAGGAAAAGGAAGAGAAGGUUGCAUCUGCGGAACUGGCCGACGAAGCGGAGGCCAAGGAGGACGCGUCUCCAAAGAACAAAAAGGCCAAGCUCGACGACAAAGAGGAACCGAACAAGGCCGCGCAGGCACCCGAGGAGGAGAUAAGGCAGGAGCAGGCAGCAGCCAACGAGUAG